GCACGAUCCGGUAGGUAGUAUUCUAGCCACUGCCAUCCUUAUUCCGACGCACAGAAAAUGCCGAGAUACGUCAGUGUUCCGUUUUCAGUUGUGACUGUCAUGAUUGGAAUUGGCUGCUCAGCCCAAGGGUACAUAAGUGGAUAUCCAGGAAUUCUCGGCCUGCCAGGCUUUGGGACAGCAGGCUUGUCAGGCGUCCCAGGUCUUCAAGGUGGUUUGCUAGGAAUUCCUGGUGUGCUAGGUGUUGGAGGACUCCCUGGCCUUGGAAGCCUCCCAGGACUCGGAAGCCCCACGGCACUCGGUGGCAUCGGGAGCAUUCCUGGUCUCGGGGGUCUUCCGGGCCUUCCUGGACUUGGGGGUAUUGGAGGUGUUCCAGGAUUAGGAGGUACUGGUGCUCUUCCUGGACUCGGCGGCAUUGGAAGUCUUCCGGGCCUUGGAGGCACGCCCGGAAUCGGCGGCAUAGGAGGUCUACCGGGAGUCGGGGGCCUUGGGGGUUUACCAGGUAUCGGUGGCAUAGCAGGUCUACUGGGAGUCGGGGGACUUGGAGGUUUACAAGGAAUCGGUGGCAUAGGAGGUCUACCGGGAGUCGGGGGACUCGGAGGCUUACCAGGAAUCGGCGGCAUAGGAGGUCUACCAGGAGUCGGGGGACUAGGAGGUUUACCAGGGAUCGGCGGCAUUGGAGGCCUCCCUGGCCUUUCAGGAAUUCCUGGGCUACCCGGACUGAGUCGGAGGCGAAGGUGUGCGAAGAAGGGCCACAUUCAGCAAGGUUGAUCGCACAUCUGCACGCUGCAUAAACAAUGCAUUGUAAAUAAAGUGCUCACUUUUACUGUACUGCCCUCCUCCGACGUACACCAGGAGAACAGAAAUAAAAGAGUCUCUAUCGUGC